AUGGUGACAGCAGGUUUCACUGUUUUGGCUGCCUUUACUACUUUUUUAUUUCUCAAAACUGACACUCGUCCUAUCUACGGAAUCUACCGAAGACCAGGAAAAUUCUUCUUGUUGAAAUAUUGGAUAUUUCGAUGUGUACUCUACUUAAGGAAGAAAAGAUCAAGACAUGUUGAAGAUGAUGCUCUGCUUGCUAAAGAGCUUGACAGGCCUCAAACUCUGUCAGAAUCACCUAAGGCUUUUGAUGCAGUUUUCUUCAUCGCUGUAACUCAAGAUGGAUUUUAUGUGGUGGCUGGAAGUGAGAGAAGAAAACACAAUAUUGUCAAUGGAGUGUUUUAUGUGGUAGUGCCUGGCUUGGGUUUGCUUUGUGGCCACAAAAUCCCCGACACCGUACUGUUUGAUGCUGAAGACGACACUUUUGGAGCUGAGGGUCUCCUGCUGCAGCCCUUGGAGCCUAUGAGGAAGUGGAAACUCACAUAUACAGGGGAAAUGUGGCUUCAUGUCAACCCUACAAAGCAGUUCUCAGUAGCGUUCAGUGCGGUCUUUACAUCUGCAUUGCCGAUCUUCCAUUAUGACACAGACCUAGAUCCGGGUCUGCUGGCCGCGGCGAUCGCCAACGAACCUUGGACUCUGCAGUACUUUAAAGCGCUUAAAAAAUCACAUCAGUGCCAUUAUGAACAGAUGGGUAAUAUGGAAGCUACUCUGACAGUAAAUACUGAAGUAUAUAAUUUAACUAACAUGGCAGCCUUCAGGGACCAUAGUUACGGUGUGGAGCGGGAUUGGGAGCUGUUGCAUCGUUACGUUUUCCACAUGAUUUUUCUGGAAGACGGAACCAAAGCUGCCGUUGGAGUUAUAUGUCACCCAACCAACUGCUCUGUUUUGCAGACGGGGUAUGUGGUCCUAAACACUGGCUUAAUUCAUCCUAUCACAUGGUGUGACUUCAAACUGUAUCAACAUGGAGAAAACGGAACCCCACCAAAAGACUACGCUUUCUCAUUCAAAGCUGGCAAAAAACUGUACACAGUAGAGGUGAAGGUGGAGCAUGAGUCAGUGCAUUAUCUAGGCUGGAAAUGGGAAGCUAGGAUGGUAGAGAGGAUGGUUGUGUACAAGGUGGGAGGAGUAAGGGGACGAGGAGUUUCAGAAUGGCACUACAAGAGUCAUCGUGGCAGACCACCUUCCACAGCACUCAACGAUCCUGCAUGGUUCAGUGAUGUUGUUCAGGAAUACUACUCACAGUGA